AACAUGAAUUCAGUACGUCAAGCUAUCUUACCAACUGCAGCUGUCCUUUUGCUUUUAUUGGCGGCAACCUGUGUCCAGUGCCAGCUAACAUUUUCACCCGACUGGGGUAAACGAUCUGGACCGUUGAGCGCAUCGUUUUUCGAUAAUCAACCGGGUAAUUGCAAAACACCAAAUGAAAUGCUUUUGGAUAUCUUUAAAUUUGUUCAGAAUCAAGCCCAACUGUUUUUGGAUUGUAAACAUCGUGAAUAA